AUAGAACAAAAUCGUGCAUUGGUAAACAUCAAACUAAUUUAAGCAAUAAAAUACCUAAAAGAGACAUUUUUUGAAAGCAGAAGCUAGUCCAAACAAUUGUGAUACACCUUAUACCAGUUGAGGUUUGAUAUCUAAAAAUGUUGGUGAUAACCCAUUAUCUUGCGUCAUUCAGUCCGGGUUUUAAAAUUGGCUUUUAUCAUGUGACAUGUCAAUUCCCGCGGCUUUUGAAGCGUGAGGAAAACAAGUUAUACGCAAAAAAAAUCUUGACAGUUGUGUUUGCGGAUGGUGAGCGAAGAUCACAGGCAGUUAACAUUCCGCUCAGGUCAUUCAGCAAAGAGAAAAUGUCUCUUCUUUACUUAAAAUACGCCGAGUCCAAAUUGCCAGUCGUUUUUCAUGGAUUUUUGUGCAUUUUGGCCUACUUAUUUUGGGCAAGCUUGGCUGCACUUAUGUUGCCGAUGCUGUUGAUUUAUAAACUCUUCAAGCUUUUGGAGAAAGGAGUGAUAACUUACCAGAAACUCGGGACAGAGUUAGCAACCUUCGAUUUAGUUCUACUUCAUGAAUCUGACGGGAAUCCAAAUUACAUUUCUGCUCUGAUGAUGAUCAAGGGUAAGGCAGACAUUGCCAAACUCAGGUCUCUGGUCGAAACGAAAAUAAUUAUUGGACAGCUGGAAAAAACUUAUACGAGAAUGAAGCAGCGUGUUACUAAGUGUUAUAAUACAUAUUUAUGGAGGGACGAAGAAAACUUCAAUAUUAAUGAUCAUAUUGUGGCAUAUGGAAACGAUAAUGUAUCGUCGAAAGACGAGCUUGAAAAGAUUUUCACUGAGUUGAGUUCUGUGCCGAUUCCUGAUAACAUAUCGCCAUGGUUGUUUACGAUUAUCAACUUGGCUGGCAAAGAGGAAAUGUACUGUAUUCAUUUUCAGUUACAUCAUUGUAUAGGAGAUGGUUUCGCCAUGGUUGGCCUUUUAGGACAACUUGUAGACAGCAAAUUGAAAUUGAUAGAGCCGAAGAAGAACCACGGUGUGAUGGCCUAUCCAAUCCGUAGAAUCAUCCAGGGUAUCGUUACUGGCCCUUUGGUACUCCUUGUAUUGUUAUUGUCGCGUUAUGUUGGAAAUCCAUUCAAGACUGAGACACCACCAUCUCGGAAGAAAGUUAGCUGGACAAAUUCAAUUGAACUGGAUACAGUAAAAGCAAUAAAAAACACCACCGAUUCUACUGUGAAUGACGUCAUUACAUCAUGUAUUGCUGGUGCUAUUCGCAAGUAUCUGCAAAGCAAAGGGAACCAAGAACCUGAAGACAUGCCGAUAACGAUGACGUAUAAUUCCAGGUCAGUUUCGAUAAAAACGCUUGAUUGCAUUCCGCUUGGCAAUCAUUCGGGAGCGACAUUUUUGAAGCUUCCAGUCUCGGUUGCAGACCCCGAAAAGAGGCUCAAACUAACCAAAGCAAGAAUAGACGCGAUGAAAAAGUCAUCUGAUCCGCAUCUGUUUUCUUUCAUUUACUCCUUUGUAUUGGGACAUCUGCCCGAAUCUUUGUCAAGACUAUCACUGUCUUUCUUGAACCGACAUUGCAGUCUUGUAUAUUCAAAUGUUCCCGGACCACUUGAGCCAAUACACGUCACUGGCCAAGAAAUCAAGUCGAUAAUGGUAACACCACCUUUAGCCUUUGAUCUUGGUAUAUCGAUUGCGGUUCUGACAUACGCUGGAAACCUUCGCCUGACUGUUCUUAGUGACGAACGGGUAUUAGAAGACCCUUCCAAGCUGACACAGAUUUUUGAGGAAGAGAUUUAUGAUCUGGCUCACAGGGCUUCGAAAAAAGAUUAAGACACUUUGUCUGUCAUUGCAACGCAACUAUUACAAAACAUGCAUCUUUCGUAGAAAAAAUUCAUGCCAUUCUUUAAGCACAUACUUACAGGAUUUUUAAGAUGUUUUUAAUUUUCUUACCAAUCGUUUAAUAAUCGUCGUGGUAUAACUGUAAUUUUUAUGGUAUCGCAUGCACCCAGCUUUAUAAGAAGCAUGACCUGCAACGCGAAAUUUGGCACUAAUUGCAUUGUUAAAGUUGUUUUAAAAGCAGUUCUUUAUAUAAAUUUAGAAGGUCGGGUAUCUACUAUAACUUUAGUUGCAAAGUUACCGUUGAAGCAAGGGGUUAUCACUAAUAAGUAGACACUGAUAAGUAAGUUACAAUAAAGUUCACCUACUGCAGGCACCACCGAGCAGGGGGCUGGGGACUUAAGCCCCCCACUUUUUGCA